ACUCACUCACUCACUCACUCACUCACUAUAUACCCCUCUGUCUCUUUCUCAGGUAUCAAGAAGGAGCCAAACAAGCACUGGACCCCAAGAACCAUCAUGGUCGGAGGAAAGGCUGCACCAGGCUACCACACAGCCAAGAUGAUCAUCCGUCUCAUCACAGCUAUCGGUGAGGUUGUCAACCACGACCCCGUUGUCGGCGACCGCCUCAAAGUCAUCUUCCUGGAGAACUACAGAGUCACCCUGGCUGAGAAAGCCAUCCCCUCUGCCGACCUGUCUGAGCAGAUCUCUACAGCUGGCACCGAGGCCUCUGGCACUGGUAACAUGAAGUUCAUGCUGAACGGUGCUCUGACCAUCGGCACCAUGGAUGGAGCCAACGUGGAGAUGGCUGAGGAGGCCGGAGAGGAAAACCUCUUCAUCUUCGGCAUGAGAGUGGAGGAUGUGGACGCAAUGGACGCCGGCAAAGGGUGAGCAUGAGGACAUGGAC